GAGCGACUAUCGCACAUCUGUUCGGGGCGACAGGUUUUCUCAGUUGAUCGAUCAGUAGCGAAGAACGCCCUUCAGCCACAUCAACCUCACGCCUUGUUUGGAUGCGGAAUCGUUUACUGCAACGGUCGUCUUCGCAUUGUAUUUUGUCUCGGAUUAGUGGGGGGGCCGAGGGUGUUCUGAGAAUGCUUCCCAGGUCGAUCUUUGCUGGCGCCGCACUGAAGCUAGAUAUGACGCCCAAGGUCGCGUUUCGUCACCGUCUUUCGCAGCUCCGCCAGAACAUGACCGCCAGGUAUCGGACAUUGCCACAGGACAUACUGUACCGCUCAUGCAGGUUAUGCCGACUCGGGCAGAAGGAAGGUCCACAGCUGUUCGAUUUCGAUGCUCGGAGUAGCCGUGGAAAUCGACAAGGUGCUCGGCGUGGGAAAGUGCUGUUAAGGGAAAUGCGGUCAGUCACCGCGACUGCAAUUGCCCUACCCUGCAAGAUGGCGUGGCGUCCGCCCCGGUCAUCUUCUCAAGAAGACGAGUACAUACCUGCACAAACGGGCUUUGGGUGUUGCAGAGAUUGUCGGAAGGUUGUUGGGGGAAUAUGCCGCGGAAGCUGUCACGCCAAGUUUGACACCAUGAGGGAGAGCAUGCUGAGGGUACGGGGGAGACGUGGGUAUAUCUCACAUACAGUACGUUCGCGCAGUUGCGCCGCGACAACUCCGCCGACGCUUUUUCCACCGCUCCUCUUUUCAACGUUGCUUUUGGGAACGGCGAAACCACACACACCCAACUGACCUGAGCCUUUGUGGGACAUCUAAACCAGAACUCCUGAAAAGCGCCAACCCCCAAACAACGUGCUACUAGCAAACCUUCGGCGCCCUGCAAAAGUGGAAGAAGCCCUCCUAGGACAUUGACGCAAAGGGUAGUAGCAUUCCCUGACGGGGUCGGUGUGGG